AGUUAGUAUUUCUAGCUGCAGCGUGACGGCAUAAAUUGCAGGAGGAUGUACGGAUGACGCUCUUUUCCGCAGCUGUAUCCCGGGUUGGACCUUUAGAUUUCCCCCUCGUCCCCGACUUCGUGCCCUAAUACCGGCACUUCCCUCGUCAUACUCCUUUCCACUGCGAGGCGACAUUGUCGCGACCAUCCACCAUCAUACAUUUGCUACCCUAACGCGGUGCCAUGCGUCAUGGCCGUCAGAUUACCGUUUAGUUGCCCAAGGGACAACGAAACUUUUUCUUAGGCGCAUCGUGACGGCUAUCCUCGCUAUUGCACUCCUCGCUGCUAGAGUUCUCGCGUCGACUCCUGAUGCCUCGACCGCGAGUCCAGACAGCGGUAUGGAGCUCCAAGGCACCGAAACAUCAUGGUGGGCAGCGGCAAAGCCAGAAUGCUCCAUUAUUCUACCGCACCGCUCCGAUUACCUCCACAAACUCCCGACCCCAAUUCCCCGCCUCCGAUCCCCUAGUUCCUGCCUACCCUUUCGAACCGUUCGACUCCUCUCCGCAUCCUCUCAUUCCCUCUUCCGAACGUCUCAGCCCCCUUCCCGAGCCUCACAGCCCCCCUCCCGAGCCUCUUCCGUCGUCGCUCCGUUCGCUCUCCGACCACCCUUACAGUAACAAUGUCCAGCCUCGUCAUAGUAACGAUUCCCGCCCCAAACAAUCGCAGCAGAGCCAUAAUCGGCAUUCCCAAGGUCCCACAUCAAGGGCUGAUAAGGUCAGACCGUACAAAUACUCUACGCCACACGCGGACUCAGGACCACAAACGGAGCAGCGUAUGCCGGAGCAGCGUAUGUCGGAGGAAGCCAACGGCACAGAAACGGCGUUCCGAAGCCGCAGAAGCCCCGGCAACAGCAGCGGAGGAAGCAGCAGCGGCGGAUUUCACACUCCCCCGUCCGACAUAAGUCCCGGAUCCGCAUCCCCGUUAUACGCGCAGCGCGCAUCUCAAUCAACGGCUCACCACACUCGCGAAACGGCUUCCAGGCGUCAGCAUGGGAACGGCCGCGAAUCAGAACCUAACGGCGGCCGUCAGGGACCAAACGGUCACCGUCUGAAUGACGCCGACGGCCAUUGCCAGCCCGCCGCUGCGACUGAUGGCUGCGAAACCCCUUCUCCGUCGCUCUCCCAUUCUCACCCGGGCGGAGCCGUUUCCCCUACCGGUACCGAAGCAGCCAACCGCAACAGAUUAAGCUCGUCCUCGUUAAGAGCGCCCUCGUUAGUAGCGUCCUCUGGACCCGCUCCGUCCGCUCCAGGACCUUUAUCUGAGUCCGUGCUUCCCCUAAUCUCCUCAGCCAUAGCUCUCUGCAACCGCAUUGUCCAUCUCGCGACCUCCACCUCAACCUCUUCUAAAAACCACAGCUCCGCCCGAGGGCGGUCCGCAUCCCUCCCCACUUCCCCCUCCGCCUCCCCUUUCCGCCCGACCGCCUCCCCGCUUCCCCCCAUUCGAAACACCGCCCUCCGCCUCGCUGCCGAACGUGUCUCGCAACGAAUCAAGCAGCUCCUGCCGAUCCUGAUCCAACUGCAAGGUCCGGCAGCGCCGAGCCUCGCUGCCGACCCUCGUGCGUUAUUUAUCAUCCAACGGCUUGUAACGGAGCUGGAAACCACUGUAGUCGCCCUCCAGGCGUGUAGCAGAUCCAGCGGAAAUCCACUGGCGAGCCUGCGCCGCUUCUUUGGUCGGCGGCAUUUGUCGUUAUCCGCCUUCUCCCCUUUCGCGUCCUCUUCCUCCUGUGCCGUAACCCGAACGGAUAGUCAUGCCGGACCUCCUGCCGGACCUAACCCAGUCAGUUUGGGUGCCGAACCUCCGCUUUCCCGAGCCUUGUCCUCAGCUUCGACCACGUCCAUCCCUUUCACCUCCUCCCACUCUUCCUGCUCCUCCGCUCUCACCUCUCAGUUAAAAGCGUGCUUAGCUGAGAUCCGCCAAUGUCACACGGAGUGCUUGCUUCUGCUGGGCCAGGGUUUCACCGUUUACAGCCGCACUCAGAGUCUUGGGGGGGGGAGCUCACUCGGACGGGGGGAAGGCGGAGGAGAGAGGGGAGGAGAAGGCGGAGGAGGAGGAGGAGGAGGAGGAGGUACAAGAGGUAUAGGUGAAGGGUAUGGGUUUCGGCAGCAGCAGGAAAGGCAGCAGCAGCAGGAGGAGCGGGAGCAGCAGAGGCGGCGAAGCUUGGAGGAUAUAGCGUUUCCCUCGAGUUGCAUGGUUGAUAAGUCGCUAUUUAUGGUCGGUGGCCACAGUACUGUGGGGACUACCAGGGUAGGCGGAGGUAAACACAGCGGUAGCAGGGGUGUCAGCAGCUCUACUGGCGCUGCCCGCGCUGCCUCUCCCCCUGCUGCUGCUCCUGCUGCUGCUCCUGCUCCUGCUCCUGCUCCUGCUCCUGCUCCUGUUUCUGGCUCUGGCUCUGGCUCUGGCUCUGGCUCUGCUGCGGCUGCAGCCCUCUUGCCUCCCAGUAGGCGAGCUGCCACAUCAACUAGAAACAAGCCCAACAGCAGCAGCACGCACAGCGGCACCAGAACCCCCCCUUCCGCCCUAGCAGCGGCCCCACCACCAGGCAUGCUCCGCCCUCUCUCCCCGCCCCACCCGCUCACCACCUCCGCUCCCCAAACCCCUCCGCACCCCCCCCUCCGCCUCCUGCCCUCAGGCGCCUCCUCCCCCCGCAGUUCCACCGCCACUGGCGCUUCUGCCUUCUCCGCCGGCCCGGCUGCCGCCCGCCAGCUGGUCGCCUCGCUGUCACGGGGCUCCGUGCUGGAAAAGCGGGCGGCACUGGCGGCGCUUUUGGAGUUAUCUGAGUCGUCAGACAUGGGGAAGUUACACGUGACAGCAGCGGGGGCGGUUCCUGUGAUUGCCGUGCUGCUCAAUCUCCCGGACCUGGGAGGCAGCUUCGGCAGCAGCAGCUUCGGAAGCAGCGGCGGGCCUGGGGGGGUGGGUGGGGCAGCUGGUGCGGGUGGUAGUUCGAACGCUGCUGGUGGUGCUAGCAGCAGCAGGAAUGGGAGCGGUAAACAGGGUGUCACAGCGUCGAUUAUCGGUGAACAAAUCAAGGUGGCUUCCCUGAAGCUGCUCCUAUCGUUAGUCUCCCUGGAUGAAAACCGGGCCGUGGUGGUGAAAGCCGGGUGUGUGCGGAUCCUAGUCACCACCCUCCGAACCGGAUCGCCGGACCUGCGCGCCGUGGCUGCGCGGGUGCUUUUGAAGCUGGCCGUGGGAGGGGGUGGGGCCGGGGGCGACAACUCCAAGGUGCUGAUCGCGGCGUCUGAGGCGAUCCCGUCGCUGGUGGCCAUCUUGCAGUCCCAUACCGACCCCGCCGCCAAGCAGGAGGCUGCAGAUGCCAUCGCGCACCUGACUGCCAACAAUGAGAAGAACCAGAUCGCAGUGGCAGAGGCAGGGGCCAUUCCCUCUCUGGUGGGCAUGCUGCGAGACGGGGGGCCAGGCGAGCAGGAGCGGGCGGCUCUGGCGCUGGGCACGCUGGCAGUGAACAGCAGCGACAACAAGCUCGCCAUUGCUGCUGCUGGCGCCGUGCCGCUGCUGCUCGACCUCCUCUUCCACGCCGUCACUGCUGCAAAUGGUGUUGCUACUGCUGCUGGUGGUACUAGUGGCGGUGGUCGUGGUGGUGAGGGUGCAUCAGCAUCAGCAGGCGUUGCAGGCGUUUCAGGGGACUCCCUCCCGCCGUUCCUGUCCCCCUCCUCCUCCGCCGCUGCCCCUCCUCCCCCCUGUGCCACCGCCAAGACCUGCGCGUGGACCCUCUACGUCCUCAGCUCGCACCCCGUCUCCGCGUCCUUCAUCCUCGCUAAUGACGGGCUCGAGAUAGCUCAUAAGGUGUACAAGGAGGGCCCGUCGGAGACGCGAUACUGGGCCGGGCAUUUGCUGCUGCUGUUAGACCCGGACUUCCGGCCAGAAAAGCAGGCCAGCUUUAGGAAGUAUGCUUGGACGUCUCCUACUUCGGCACUGGUUUCGAGACAGCAGCAGCAGCAGCAGCAGCAGCAGCAGCAGCAGCAGCGGAUGGCACCUGGCACUCCCCCUUUGCAGCAGCAGCAGCAGCAGCAGCAGCAGCAGGAGGUGCAACAGUAUCCAAGGGCCGUGUCAACUGACAGUGUUUUGUUGUCACACCAACCCCACACAGCUCAGCAGCAGCAGCAGCAGCAGCGGAUGGCAGCAGCAGGCAGUACUUCUUCACUGCAGCAGCUGCUGCUGCCAAACUCGCAGUCGACGGGCCGUAGGUUACGAAAGCAGAAGUCGAGAUUUGUAACGCAGCUGUAACGCCGUGAGUUCACCAUUCGUGGCGGUCGAGGGGCAGUCGAGGGGCGGUCAGUUACGAAAGCAGAAACCGAUAUUUGUAACAGAAGCAGUAACAUCGUGGCGACGGCCAUAUCGUGAAAGGGAGUGGAUCUGGGGGGAAGGCUCUGGGGAAGGGGCUUGGGGGGGGAGGCUCUGGGGAGGAGGCGUUUUGGGGGAGAAAGCUCAGCCUCCCCUUGUAUUGGGGAAAGGUUCGUUUUCCCCUUGCAUUGGAGAAAGGCACUUGCACGUUGCUUGUCUCACAGAGGCUUGCAGGCAGAGGCCUCUCAUGAGCCAUCAUGCUGGGCUGGUUGAUCGAGGGGACAGUUGUUACCAAAGUACUGGUUUUGUGACGGUGGCUUGCAGGCUUAGGUCUCGCGUCAUGCUGGGCAAGCUAGUCGAAGGGGGGUCUGGCAUUGAGCAUGCUGACAGAUGCAGCGGAGCGAUGUGUAGGGGGACAAGGGUACUGGUCUUGUGAAGGUGGCAUGCAGGCAGGCAGAGGCCUCUCAUGAGUCAGGAUGCAUGCUGGGCUGGUUGGGCGAGGGGGCAAUGGGCAUCUGCCAUGGAGCACGCUGCAGACAGAUGCGUCGGAGCGAUGUGUGGGGGGAGAAGACAACUGGUUUUGUGUAGGCAUGAAGGCAACUGCCGCACAUGUUGGGCAUCUGUUGCCAGGCAUCCAGACAGACAGAUGCGGCGGAGCGGAUGUGUAGGGGGAGAAAGGCUCUGGUCUUGCGGAGGAGGCGUGCAUGCAAAGGCUUCACAUGUUGCUGGGCGGAUUGGGCAAGGGGGCAAUGGGCACCUGGCGUUGAGCAUCCAGGCAACUGCGGCGGAGUGGAUGUGUUGGGGGAGGAAGGCACUUGUCUUGCAGAUGCAUGCAGGCAAAUGUCUCUCGUGAUGCGGGGCACGUUUCUGAGGCGCCUCAAGAAUAGACUCCCCACGCAAAUGUCUCUCGUGAUGCGGGGCACGUUUCUGAGGCGCCUCAAGAAUAGACUCCCCACGCAAAUGUCUCUCGUGAUGCGGGGCACGUUUCUGAGGCGCCUCAAGAAUAGACUCCCCACGCAAAUGUCUCUCGUGAUGCGGGGCACGUUUCUGAGGCGCCUCAAGAAUAGACUCCCCACGCAAAUGUCUCUCGUGAUGCGGGGCACGUUUCUGAGGCGCCUCAAGAAUAGACUCCCCACGCAAAUGUCUCUCGUGAUGCGGGGCACGUUUCUGAGGCGCCUCAAGAAUAGACUCCCCACGCAAAUGUCUCUCGUGAUGCGGGGCACGUUUCUGAGGCGCCUCAAGAAUAGACUCCCCACGCAUGCAGCAGGUGCAGCGGAGAGGAUGUGCGGCGCGGAACGGAACGGAACAGAACGGAACGGAACGUAACGGAACGGAGAACCGUAGUGGUUUUGCGGUGGAGGCAUGCAGGCAACGGCAUCAUUCACGUGGUGCUGGGCGUGUUGGUCGAGGGCUUCUGUGCAGCAGGUGCAGCAGGUGGGUAGGGGGGUUCAAAGCGGUGGAGAGAGCAUCUUUCAGGUCGUUGUGCGAAUCGAAACCACCACCUCUAUUCCCGGAAAGUUGCUGACCUGAGCCUGCUGAGCUGCUGCCGACUCUGUGGAAAUGGAAAUGGAAAUGGAAAUGGAAAUAUGGUCUGGAAAUGAAAACUGUGGAAUUUUCUCAGAUGGUUCUGGUAGGUGAGUUUGCAUAGCUAGAUGACGCGUACUGGUACUAAUAGUGGCAAUGGGCCAGUGCGCGUACUACUACUGCGGUACAUGUGCGUAGCUAUGGAUUCUCUUCCCUUCUGUAGCUUGGAGCGGACUAUUCUCUAGGCUAAGGCUGUAUGUAUGGUAGUGGCUGUAGCGGCUGUAGUGGCUGUAGUCGAAGGAAACCAGGCGUAUCUUGCACGACCUGUCAGCUGCUUG